UGUGAGGUCCCGCCGGCCUCUCUUCCGCCCGAUCUCGCAUAUUAAAUUGCGCACCGUUUUGGCAAGACUGUCCGUAAUCCGUUUAUUACUGUACAAAGUCAGCCUCAGCUAGCAUCAAAAUGCUUAGCACGCUGAGCAAACAGCUCAAGAGUCACCCAGCUCUGAUCCCCCUUUUAGUCUUCAUCGCUGGAGGGACAGCCAUGUCCAUGGGGUACCUUGCUCGUCUGGCAUUGAGAAAUCCUGCUGUCUGCUGGGAUCGCAAGAACAACCCAGAGCCCUGGGACAAGUUGGGCCCAACUGAUCAGUACAAGUUUUACUCAGUUAACUUGGACUACAGCAAGCUGAAGAAGGAAGGCCCUGACUUCUAAAGAUCACAGCCGCUGGACCAAAAGCACUAAGAUGAGCUGAUCCGCACAGCCCCAUUUUAAACUUCAUCCGUGAAACCUGAGCGAUGCAGAGGCUAAACCCGCACAAAUAUUCAUAUUUAAGUUUCCUCAUUGCAUCCCAUUUGGAUCCAUGUCCAAUUUCUUUUUUCUCAAUAAAGUGAACGAGUAUUUUCUCCAUACAGA